UAUUUUGACAUGUUGACAUAAAUCAGAAGUAACAACAAUUUUGUUUUUGCGUGUACACCUGUAGUUUUGAAAUCAGAAUAAUAAAAUUAAGCAUGCUUCGGCGAAAUGCGCGGAAGUUGAUUAAGUAUGUUUGUUUAGCAAUUUUAUUAGUUAUUGGUAGUGGUUUGCUUUUUAAAUCUUUCACCACGAUUAAUUCAAUUGAAGCUGAGAAUUCUUUUCGGAAAGGAAAAUACUUGGGAUUACCUGAUGCUCCUGAUAAGCACAAAAUUGCACCGAUUGACGAAAAAAUUGAUUGGCACAAUUACACCUUGAUGAAAUUAGAGAAAGAAAGAACAGGUCCAGGUGAACAAGGAGCUGCUUUUGAUUUACCACCUGGCACUGAUCAAGAAAAAGAUAAACUGUAUAAAGUAAAUGGCUAUAAUGGUUUAGCAAGUGACUACAUUGCUAUAAAUCGUUCUGUCAAUGACAUAAGGCAUGAAGGUUGCAUGAAAAAGAAAUAUCUCAGAAAACUUCCUUCUGCCAGUAUUGUUGUACCAUUUCAUAAUGAGCAUCUCUCAACUCUACUACGUACUGCCACAAGUGUUUUAAACAGAGCUCCACCAGAAUUAAUUAAAGAAGUUAUUUUAGUUGAUGAUUUUAGUACUAAAGUGGAGUUGAAACAUGAUCUAGAAGAAUAUUUGAAAAAGCAUUUACCUAAAGUAAGAGUGCUAAGAGCAACUAAAAGAGAAGGCUUAAUUAGAGCCAGACUAAUUGGUGCAAGAGCUGCAAUUGGAGAUGUAUUGAUAUUUCUUGAUUCACAUACUGAAGCAAAUACAAAUUGGUUACCUCCUUUGUUGGAUCCUAUUGCAAAAGAUAAGAAAACUGUAGUUUGUCCCUUCAUUGAUGUCAUUGACUAUGAAACAUUUGCCUAUAGAGCUCAAGAUGAAGGAGCUCGUGGCUCAUUUGAUUGGGAAUUGUAUUACAAAAGAUUGCCUUUAUUGCCUGAAGAUCUGAAACAUCCUGCUGAUCCAUUUAAGAGCCCUGUCAUGGCUGGUGGUUUAUUUGCAAUGGAUCGCUUAUUCUUCUGGGAAUUGGGAGGAUAUGAUGAAGGUUUAGAUGUUUGGGGAGGAGAACAAUAUGAGUUAUCUUUUAAGAUCUGGCAAUGUGGUGGACAGAUGGUUGAUGCUCCAUGCUCUAGGAUUGGCCACAUUUAUCGAAAAUUCCCACCUUUUCCUAACCCUGGAAUUGGAGAUUUUGUUGGUCGAAAUUAUAAGCGAGUAGCAGAAGUAUGGAUGGAUGAAUACAAAGAAUAUCUGUAUCUAAGAAGGCCACAUUAUCGAGAUCUUGAUCCUGGUGACAUUUCGAAACAAAAAGCUCUCAGAGAGAAACUGCAAUGCAAGCCAUUUAAAUGGUUCAUGAAGGAAAUUGCAUUUGAUCAGCCAAAGAAAUAUCCUCCCAUUGAGCCACCUUCUUUUGCAUCUGGAGAGAUACGUAACAUUGGAAGUGAAUUGUGUAUUGAUACUAGGUUUAGGCAUCAAAAUGAUCGAUUUGGACUUGAAAAAUGUAUCAAAGGUGGUGCUUCCCAAGGUGGAGAACAGCAAUUUGAGCUAACAUGGCAUCGUGACAUCAGACCAAAGAAACGAACUGUUUGUUUCGAUGUUUCAUCGUCCGAUGAUCAUGCUCCUGUUGUACUUUGGUCUUGUCAUGGAAUGCAAGGAAAUCAAGAAUGGAAAUAUGAUUAUGUUAAAAUGCAUCUCUUCCAUCCUGUGAGUAACCACUGUUUAGACUGUGACAGUGAAAGAAAAGAAAUAUUCAUGAGUCCUUGUGAUGAUAAAAUACUAACUCAAAAAUGGAGGUUCCAAACUUUUAACAAAACUGCAAUUGAUAACUGGUGAUAAUUCUAAAGCAAUAAUUAAUCUGUUAAUUUUUGUUGAGAUUUGCUUACAUUCCAUUUUUGUAUUUGGAUUUUGUUUCCUUUUUGCUCUGGUAGCAUUUCUUUAUAUUAUUUGGUUUUGUGCCAAUUUUAUUUUUUUAGGUCUAGGUUAUUUAAGAUGUUUACAAGGUAUUUUGUUACAAUCAUAUAGUGAUAUAGAAUAUGUAAGCAAUUUUUUUACUCAAUGAAAUAAUGCGAAAUUUUAACUCUGUUAUCUUGAUACGCAUAUGCUGUUAAGAAAGAGAUGUGUCUUUGUUAGGUUGUAUGUUAACAAAUUGUAUUAUUUUCUGUGAGCAACAAUUUAACAUAGGUAUGGUAAAUCUAUAUAAAUAAUGUUAUAUUGUUUUACAAUAUGGCAAAUUUUUAUCAUUGUGUCAGUUAAGAUAAUUUUACAAUUUUUAAUUAAAAUGUCUUAAUCAGUUUCAAAUUUUAAACUCUUAACAAGAUCAAUAAAAAGAAAUUUUUAAAUCUCAAUGCUUAUAUCUAUACACACACAUAUAUACUGAAAAAAUGAGUUGUAAUAAACACUAAGUAUAGUUCAUUAUUUAAAAAUUUUUUAUUAGUACACAAUUUUGAAUUUGUUAAUUAUACAGUCUUCCAGGUAGGAAUGGGUAUUUAACCAAAAUUUUACUUAUAUAUUGAUUUUUAUGAUGCUCUUAUCAAAACCAAUUACUUCAUAAAGCAUAUAAAUAAUUACUUGAAUACAUAAAUUAUUUAUUAUUCAAUGACUAAAAAAUAUUUUGUUCAGUGAUGUUAAUACUUACUAUUGGGUAUUAUUCCAUAUCUUGAGAAGUAGGUAUAAAAAAUCACUUAAUUAUUAUUCGUAAUUGGUAGUGGUAUUAGUUACUACUGCUAUUAUCUAAUGUACUAAUUUAGGUUCUAUAAUAAUUUUUUACAAAUCUCCGAAACUGAGCAUAACAAAAAUUUAUUUCGGACAUAUGCUGUUAAGAACCAAGUAACUAUUUUAGAAUUUAAAUUUGAAUAAUUUAGAAAAUGAAAUUAAUUGAUUUUGCAACUGAAGCAUUCGUAUAUAUUAUCAAAUGAUUAAUUCAAUAUAUAUUAAUAUAGUUUGUAAUGAUUUAGUUCAUAAAUAUUUAAGAUAGUUUGCUUAAAACAUAAUUUUUAUUUCAUUCAUUAGAAUGAAUGCUUAGAAUACUUUGAACGCCAAUAUAUUUUAUAAGAAUUAAAACUGGUAUAGACUAAAAAAAAUUUCAACAUUAUUCUAGAAUGCAUAUUAUUUGUAUAUUAAUGUUGUUGAUAAGAAGUUUUUUUUUACGUAAUAGAAUGUAUUUUUUUAAGUAAAAAGUAUGUCUAAAUGCAGCAUUAUAUAUUAGAUUUUGUAAAAUGAAAAAUAUUAGUGAAUAAAUAUGUAGCUUGAAAAUUAACAUCUCUUGAGUAGCCGCCUACAAUAAAAAUAUUUUGCCUGAAAACUAAAAAUCUUUUUAGAUCCAUAAAAAAUAAAUUUAAACUACUUCAAAGAGUCGAGGGCAGGAAUAGCUUCACAUUAUUGUAUAAUAACUCAUUUGUGAUUAAUAAACAAAUAGUCUUCAAACAAUAGUCUUCAUUAAUAAACAAAUCCAUUUGUAUUAGUUUUUUUUUGUUUUUUUUGUAAUGAAAAUUUUGUUUGCUAACUCUUUUGUUUCAAUAUUUAAUUUACUAGCAAACUUAGCCUACUUUGUUUCUUAAAUAUUUUUUUUAAAUUAGGUGAUAUAAUUUCUAGUAAUAUUUUGAUUAUCAUUCUUGCUAAUUUUGAGAUCUGUUAUUUGUUUAUCAUGUUCAAAGUACCAGGGAUUUUAUAAAAAAGUAUGCAAUAAUCGUUAUGUUCUCCCCCUGAAGUAAAGUUCAAUGACAUUGAUAGGUAUUUUCCUGAUUUGUUCUAAUGUUGUUUUGAUUGGCGCACUUUUAAUUGUUGUUUUUCUGUCCAAAAUGAUUUACAAUUCCUAGUGUGAUAAAUUUGUUGCUCAUGUGAAGUUUAAAACAAUCUCAGUCCUGCAAAAUUUAAAUUAAGAAAAAGUGAUUACAAUGUAGUAACUGAUUUUUAUUUAUUUUGAUUAGCUGUUUUCAGUUUUUUUUUUCUUUCAAUUACAUGAUUUUUCACAAACUGAACUUGAAUAAGUGGAGAAAUUUAUAUAUCCUGGAGUGAAGUAACUUAAUCAUUACUAUUUAGAUAAGUGACGUGUUUCUGGCAGAUUUUUUUGUAAAUCUAAUGUGAUAAAAUUUAAGUCAAUGGGACUAAUCGCUUAGCAGUGAUAUUCGUUUUUAUGCUUCAAAAGUGUAAUUUAGUACCUUUUUAAACAUCUGACUUUUUUUUAUAUAAAUAAUAGAGGCAUCGUUUCAUUUAUAUUUUUAUGUUAAUUCAAAUUAAAUAAAAAUUAGAUCAUUCAAUGGAACAUAUAUUUCUGAAGCUAUAAGGGUUUAUUGCAUGGACAGGCAUAAAUCAAAAAUUAUAAUUUUCAUACAUAAAACCUGUAUUUCUUUUUAAACUAUUAGUUCAUUUGACUUCUUAUUAACUAAUAUCUAAACAAUAUCUUACAUGUCCAAAUGGAAAUUUUCAGACGUGAAAAAAUGUUUUAUUCAUUAAAAAUGUUCUUUUUACAUU